AAUGUAUGUAUACCUCCCUGAUGUUCCUCAACAAGGUCAGGAUCAGCUUUCAACACACGUAGGGGAGUAUUUGGAAUGAUCAAUUCACCAUCUUCACUGUCUUUAACCCCCUUCUGAACCCCGGAUCCUUUUGAUUGUUAACUUUCUUUUCUCUAUGGUGUGGCACCCAAGAAUGAAUUUUAAAAAAUAAAAAAUAAAAAAACAAGAACAACUUAUAUUGUUCUCUCUCAUAGAAAAACCUUAGAUUUUUUUUCAUUGAUGACACAAAAAGCGUUUUUAAUUUCAGAAAUGGCACACUGUAUUAUGUUUACAAAUAUAGCGCGGUUUUUAUUAUGUUCAGAACUCGGUUUCCUGAAAACCGAAUUCUUAGUGUCAUGAGGUGUUUUUAAUAAAAGCAAAACUUGGAAUUCGUUUGGCAGAGACAAAUUCUGAAUGGAUUUUGGCUUUUAACCUAGGUAAUUUUUUUUCACUUUUUACUUUAAAACCCUCUUCACUUUUUCUCUUGUUGUUCUUUCUCUAACCUAGUCGUUGCCCCCUCUCCUUUGUUCUUCUUCUCAUCUCCAUUCUUGUUCUUUUCUUCGUGCCACUCCACCACCACAAGUUUCAUAGGACCACAUACCACCACAACACCCUUUGCAUCACAAACACUCUUUCAAAGAAGGAAGGAAAGCUAAGAUAUGGCUAGAACACAAGGUGCAUCAUCUUAUCAAGGAAAAAGUUCUUGUCAAGGGGAAAAUAGAAGACUUACUGCAUCAGCUAGGAGAAGACAGGAAGAAGCUGAUAUUCAUAAGGAGAAGCAUAAUGUUAUUGAAGAGCAACAUCAUGUUCAGGAGCGGGAGGAUGUGAAUGUUGGUGAAAAGGAAGUUUGUGGAUUUCCUGGAGGUCCACAUGAUACAUCUUUGCUCACUCACUAUGCGCGACAUGUUGCACAUGCGUUGUGGCAGGGCGAGGAUCGAGGGGUGAUCAAGCUGAUCUCCCAUGGUAAGAAAUUAAAUAGAUUUGGAGCAUGUCACGAGGCAAUUGAAGAAAUUGUGUUGAAUUCUGGAUUAUUGCCUCUUUGUGGUAUUUCGUACGACUAUGUUGACAAGGGUUUGUUGUUGGCGUUUGCUGAGAGAUGGCAUUUGGAGACAAACACUUUCCAUUUGCCAGUGGGUGAGAUGAGCAUUACACUCGAUGACGUAUCGUCGCUCCUUCACCUGUCUAUAGAGGGAGAAUUUUGUCCAGUCAAGGACUUAGAAUGGGAAGAAGCUCAGUCUGCUCUCAUGGACCUUUUGGGUGUGGACUACGAGAGGGCGGGAACUGAGAUGACAUAA